AUGACAGAUAACAUUUUGAAUUUUACUGGUUGGUUUCUCUCUAUUUUCACAGCAACUGGAAAUGGUUUAGUAGUUUUCCUUAUCACCAAAACUCGCAAUCUACAUUCGCCGGCCAACUGGUUUGUCGUCUCCUUAGCAGUUGCUGAUUUUACAGUCGGUGCCGUCCUCUUUCCAUUGGGUUAUUACUGUGUAAACACAACGCAUUGCAACAGGACAGUCAUGAUAUUUUGGAUGGCUUUAUACUGGUUUGCCAAGCACGCCUCAGUCACAAAUCUUUGCGCAUUAACUUGGAAUCGCUACCUCGCCAUCGUUCAUCCAUUCAAAUACAAUACUUCAAUGACCGUAAAACGGCCUCGUAUGACUAUCUUAGUUGCAUGGUUGAUUCCUCUGGCAGUUUCAUUGACCCUUGUCUUGGGCAUGUUCGCAACAAGCUCCACUACUGUUCACAAAAUUAUGCGGUUGACCUGUGUCUCAGCUUUCUACAUAAUAUUAUGUGUGUUUCUUCUUUAUGCUGUUGUUCGUAUCCUACUUGUUGCACGAGCACAAUCGCGACAGAAAUCUCUUAUGGAACGACAACUUAGAUCUAACUUUGGCUUGACCUUGCGCAGAAUUAACAAGAACGAGACAGCUGCAGGAUUUAUAAUUGCUGUUAAUGUAUUUUUCUUGGGAUGUCAUGCCGUUGUAAAUUAUCUCAUAGUGUGCCUCACCAUACCUUCUUGCAAUGUGUCUGACAGAGCAGUGCAGGUUGUUAGUUUACUUCUGGUUCUAAACUCUAUGGUGAAUCCCAUGGUUUAUGCUCUUUUAAAGAAAGACAUUAAAAAGAAAAUAAAAAUUCUCAUUUGCGAAAAAACCUUCGGUGAAAAGCGUAACCAUGGCGAGACUGAGUAGUAACAGGAAUUUGAAACUUUCUUAAGAAUCUCGUGUUAUUUGUCAAGUGGGAUAGAACAGGAGUAUGAAUAUACAGCCAAUGAAUAACAAUUUUCCCUUUGACCCGUCAAAAGGGAAGAAAGAACAAAACUUUUUGUAGAGUACGUUUUCAAACCCUGACACAACCCGCCAAAGUUUCACAAUUGUUUGCUUAGAAACAAUGCAUACGACAAACAAUAAUCAGCCAAGGCAACAGCUAAAGAUACGUCUUUUAUGUUCAGCACAUCACUGCUCGAAAUUAAAAAUUGACGUUGAAAUGAUUUUACAAUUAUCAUAGGAAAGGUAGAGAUUAACAAAUGUACCUUUUCUAAAGGUGCUCUCAGUGUUGUUAUUAAAGACGCACCAUUAAUAUUUAGUAUUAAUAUUUGACUUUAAUUUUGGGAGAUGGGAUACUCUGGUGCUUAAAGCGCUGAACUUGGAUCGAAAGGGCUAAAUCGAGUUCUUGGCGGGGUCAUUUUAUUCCAAGUUGCAUUCUUAGGCAAGACUCAUGACUCUCGCAUUUCCACUCUCCAGCCAGGAACGCGCGGGAAACUUAGUAAAAUAGUCAAGAGUUAAAUGCGAGUUAUUGUUUGUUUAACAUCCCGUCCAGGAAGACAAGUAAUACUACUAAUUGCUUUAGGGCCGGGUCGUAUUACAGACCAAUUUUUAUUUUGUCUUGAAAAAAUCGGCUAGAAAAUCAAAUUGCAUUAGACCGGAAAUGAAAAAAAAUUUGAGCUCUUACGGUCGCAUUUCAACAAGUGAAAAUGCAAGCGUCAGUCACACAGGGGAAAUUUGAGCGGUGAAAUUGUGUUCAGUCACGCACUAGCCAUGCGGCCGAUUAGGGUGACAGUGACUCUCAGGUUUUCUUCGUUCCGCUCUCACAACAGGCCAAAUUGGGGGUGUGUUGCCUAGCUCUUGAAGGAAGGAAUACUGCUCACUUCUUGGCAUUUGAUGGCCGUAGUAAGGAAAGGGGAAAUCUCGCCCGUCCAUGCGGUAGCUUCGAACUACACGCAAUGAAAGAGUCAGUAUGAGUGAUGAAAUUUCGCGCUCUUUCUCACUUUCGUGACCUUGCCGUCUAUUUGGGGAGUUAUUCUUUUCAACUGUUGACAGCUUUGGCGGCGGGCUCUUUUGGUUUUUCGAGAUUUGGAAAAAUUGGUCAGCCUCACCCAAGCACACCGGCAUCUUUGAUGUUUUUUUCCCGAUUUUGAAAUUUUUGAAAAAUCAAAAAUGAGGGGUCGCAUUAGAAAACAGGUGUGUUGACAGAUUUUUAGUCCCUCGAGUAAACAAUUUUCCGCAAAAUCGUCUGUAAUGCGACCCGGCCUUAUGCAAACAAAACUGGCAUGAGGGUAAUCAGUAGGGGGCGAGAAACAAAGCUGUUUUUGGAAGAGAUGGUUCCUUUUUGUUGACCGCACCGAUAACAUUUGCAAUUAUGUUUAACUUCAAUCUGUAAACUAAUUAGAGACACGGAUCUGACCUGAGGAAAUGUGUAAAAGGUUUGUGCCUAGUCCUAUCGUGAUAGGUAUAAAAAUAAAAUCUUAAGAUAGCGAACGAAUUGCAAAAUACUUGCAUUUCAGUCCAGAUAAAAUGAUAAUAAUAAUUAACCUUUCAAUUAGGCUCCGUGGUUUGAAUGUUUAAUUUAAUAAGGAGACCACAGUUUACGUAUCUUAGACUGUGUUCUUCAUAUGUCACAAUAAAACACCGCUAGCUGGCUAAAGAUGAAGCGCAGUCUCCUUAUCUAUCAUCCAGACUUUGCCCAGUCUGCAAUUUUACCUUUGUGUUGUGCAGGUGCACGAUUGAUUUGAAAGGAAUAUAAGCCGAGACACGCAUAAUCUGUGAUUGGCUGUUGCCUAUCAGCUAUCAAAUUAAAAGCGUUUGACGGAUUCAUCGCACAAAGAAAGGCCAUAGCGAAAACCACUAGCUGUUGGCUCCCUCUAAAAACAGGAAACCGAUUCAAAAAGAACUCUUGCUGACUUAAAUAGUACCUAAACUGACACAAUUGAUCCGAGGUAAGUUUGCGACCUAUUUCGCUUUUCUGCCUAUUUUAUACGACACAUAGAUUCGACUUCAUCGAUGACUCACACUCAGGUGAGGCAGCCUGCUUUUGCUUUAAGGCUCAUUUGACGCCGAAUGUGAUCUUGAACUGAGCAGAAACAAGACGAAAUGGAAUAUCUUUGUUUAACAGCAGAAAUUAAAUCUUCAUUUAACAAUUACUGAAAUUUUCACAAAUAUUUUGGUCCAUAUGACGAAGUCAAGAUUUUUUUUUUCGGUUGACCUUUUCAAUUCAUGACGCCUUAUCCUGCGACGUCUCCUCUUUCAGUCUGAGUAAAGCAGACUGAUGUUAAUGAAAGAACAUGGGCGAUAUGCCGAUGGUACAAAUAAUGAUCACAAAAGGUAAGGGAGGAGAGAAACCCCACCAACAAAAUUAUGUUAGCCAGAAGCUUCUGUCUGUUUCAAUUUAGUUAUUCAUACUUUUUAGUCCCUAGGUAGAUUUUGCGAGUGAAAUAAAUAAAAUUGUACACCACGGACAUCGUUAUUAAAGUCAGUCAUGCAUCCUUGUCAACAGUUGGUAAAGGUAUCAGGUAUCAGGCCAAAAGCUCUUCCAAACACUAAAGAAAUAAAAGGACAAAUGAUACGAAAUAUUAAGCAGUAUGUUAAUUCAGUUCCGAUAUUACGAAAGGCAGUUAUUGCCACAGAUUUUCAUUCUUGCAUAGGUAAAAAAUCUACCCCCAAAAGCCCUUUUUUGCAAUAUGUUUCCUUAAUAGAUAAUCAUUGAUCAGUGCAGAUUAUGUAAAAAGUUUACAAACCGACGUCAAAAUGCCGGUCAGCAAUGACUUUUCUAUCGCCGUGGAGUUCAAAUUUAAGAAAAUAAAUUUAAAAGUCUCAGACUUAAUAGGUAAUGUAAAGCUUUAUUGUUUAAACAUAAAUUAAUCUUUAAUACAGUAAGAUUGCUAUGAUAAUCUUACACUUCCGUAGGAUUUUUAACUGCUUAAUAUGAUGUCAGCUCACUCAGCGAAUUUAGCACAUUUAAUACUGAACCAAAAUGUUGAGGGGGAUGGAUGGCAAAUUUUCAGGAAAUGCCUUUUUUGCUUAUUUUGUUUUGUUUUACUUUUGUCAGUUUCACUAAGGAAUAUUAAGAUCAUCUUUUUAAAUUUAUAUCUAUACAUAUCUGAAAGCAAAAAUCGUAAAGACCACAUUUUCUUGAAGCAUCGGAAAAUGCGUGUUCGAUUUUGCAUAAUGUUAAUGUUUUUUAAUCUAUUUCGUAACUACGGGGAUGGAAAAAAGAUGCAAUAAUCUUUGAGUAGUGAAUAAGUUUGCUCAGGCAAGCAAACGUUUACAAAUUGUCAUUGCAUGAAAAUUUAACGAUGGUUGGAAAAUGUUUUUUCCAAAAAAGAUGCGUAUGCAGUCUUUGAAAAGUGAGUAAGUUUCCACUGGAUACCAAAUGAUUUAAAACUAUUAACGCUUCAAUUUGAAAAAAACACAACACUGAACACGUUUGGUUGAUGAGAAAAUGUGUGGCGCUAAAGUAUAUCUCGAACGAUUUCGUUCACGCUUGUGCCCAUGGUCAAAAAAAUCAACACAGCUGUGGAGUCAUAUCAGUUUGAUAUCGACAAAGUUUGAUCAGGAUCGGGCAUAAAAUCAAACCACUAAUCACGUUUUUAUUCACAUUCGCAAUGGGCAACAAGCUUAAUCAAAGUCCUUGUAAGGAACAUCUUACGGGAAAUCUAAACCCUUAAGCUAGUAUGGUUAAGAACUCAACCAUUGCUGAAAGCUUACCUUUACCUCCACAUCAGUUGUGUUUGUCAUUUUCCAGUAAAGCUUGAUUGGGGUGUUUCUUUGUAACUUCACCAAACAAGAAUGAUUAACGCGAACUUUGUAUGCUCUUGCUUAGCUUAGAGAGGAAACUUUGCGAACAAACUCCUAUUUAAGAGAAGCGUUAUCUUUAAUGGAUGGCUGAAAAGUAAAGAUUGUCCUCGCACAAUGUUAGGCUGAUUGCUUUUCUGACCCCAAGUACUUACACAGAAAGGUUACUCAUUACUGAUGCACAGCCAAGUCACCUGAGGGCCUUUUGAGUCUUAACAAUGGCUCCGUUUUUGUUGUAUUUGUUUUGGUUCAGUCUUCAAGUUUUCCGUGUACUGAUCAUCAACUGUAAAGCUCAGCAAAAUUAGCGUUUAAAGGAGAGCAAUCAAAGGAUCCUUCGGGCACUCAAAUAUGUAAUUUAUACCAUGCAUGUCAUUUAUGUCAUUGACUCUAAAUUAUAGUAACGUUUUCAAAUGAUCUAACCCACCGAAUGAAACACGGCAAAGCGUUACAACGAGUAUCAUACAUUACUGGAAAGGUUCUGCCUAAGAGGACACAUUUUUCUGUUUUUUUUUUCUUGGUUUGCUAGCUGGUGGUGAAUAAAUAAUUCAGUUAUGUUAAUCAAAAUCUAACUUUCCAACUGCUCGAUAAAAAGUGCAUGGCCUCAGUUGUUUGUUCUCAGUUUUAAUUUUUUUAUUAAACCUCUGUCUUAAACAGGACGGUAACGAAGAAAGUUGUGGAGAAAAUCGUGUGCGAAGUAACUAAAGGUGAACAGCGUAACCGGCAAUAAAACGAUGUCCUAUAAAUAUUUAAUAAAUUGUGUCUGAGCAAUUUCAUUCAGCAAAUUUUACCAAAGUUGCUCGCAUGUCUGCCAAUGCCGAAAAUGCUGAAAAGCAAACUAACGAGAAAUAAUUGAUAAUUAUUUUAUUCAGAAAUCUGUCAUCAAAAUUAUAACGAAUUAAGUAUUUUAAAUACAUCUGAUUUUUUUGCUUCAGUCGGCACAGUCACAAGAUAAACAAGACAAACAAGAUAACUUAUGGUGAUAUUGUGUACAGUUUUAUGUCAAGCGCACCAUAUUCCUAUAAACACCUUAUGCCUUGAGUUCCUUAGUAACAUAUGACGCAGAAACACGUCUGCGUCCGCUCGAAACGCGUUUGAAAGCGAUUCCUUUUUUUCGUUAAACCAUCGCGGAAUAAGCGCAUAAAAAACAAAAGAGUGUUUGCUAGGAUAGGUAUCUUAAAUUAAUGAUGAAAACAUCACAGCGCUUGCUGGGGGAAAAAGUUGACUUCUACGACAAAUCAUGUCAUCAUAUCUACAUGUUGAGGUGUCAGUGAACUUUUUUUUUUUUUUUUUUUUUUAAGAAGAACAUUUAAAAAGAUAUGUAGUCUUGUAGAUUUUAUUUUUUGUCGGGGAGUUACAUCGUUAAGACACAAAGCAACCAAUAUCGCACCUAUACUUUGGCUAUGACGGAUAUUUCGCAAAACAAGCAGGUGACACUUUUUCUUUCUAUUGUAAAACAAGGGGUAAACAAUAUUGUUUUUUAAAUUAUUCUUCCGGAAUGAAGGAAAGCUUGACAAACAAUGCCAGACGGAUAUUGUCCUAAAGAUGUAAUUGAUGACAGUCGGCGAUGCUCCUUUCAAAUAUCGUAAGUUUUUGAACCAAAAAAAACAUUGUGCUUUAAAUUAAAGAUUGGGUGAAGACAAGAUGAUAUUCUCUUUGUCAUGGCAUCACACGGUCAAUAAAGGCGUCGAAUUUUUUCCGUAACAUUUUUCACUGGGUCACAGCAGCGGGCCAUCAAAGCCUUAAGCAAAUUUGACAGCUUUGAAAUGAAAAUGUUUUGUACUAAAUAGACAAUUUCCUCCACAAAGGACAUAAACAGUCUGCAUUUCUUUAGUAUUAAUUUCAGCUUAAGUAAUUAGUAUUUGUGUUGAUUUUUCUUCGUUUUCGACAUUCGUUCGUGGUUUUAUUUUGUCCUUACUUGAUGCAGCUGAAAAAAUUUCCAUGGUCGAUUAGAAUGGUUACGCCACAAUAAAAAACCUCCAGUCGAUUCACUAACGAAGCACUGCUCUAAGUAAAUAUCAAAAGCGACUUACGACGUUCGAUUGACCUACUUAUUUGCAUUUCAAUGAAGUUUUAGCGUACUUAGCCGCCAUCCGCCUUGUAAACGCAUUUCCUGAUAUGAACCUCUUAGAGGAAGAGAAAAACAUCAAUAGUCAGUCCCUCGUUCUUCGCCGUUGUAUUCCUCACUAAACAUAUUUGAGACGUUAUUAUCAACAUUAUAAUCCUAUAGAUUCAAACACAGGUAAGAACUCGUCGUUCAACUUUAAUUAGAGGGUCUUCAGGUUGCUGUAGGAGCAAUUUUCAAGCGUUUCAAAUGGAGGCUUUUCUCGGUUCCAUUGGAUGGUCUCUUUCAGCCGCCACAGCGACAGGAAACUGCUUUGUAGUCGUUCUUGUCGCAAAAAAUCGUCGACUUCAUUCCUCUGCCAACUGGUUUGUUCUUUCUCUGGCAGUGGCAGAUUUUGUGGUUGCAGUGAUCGUCUUUCCAUCGGGGUAUAUUUGUAACAAACUAAUGGCGUGCAACCAAGAGAUAGAAAUGGCACUUUUUUGGUUUGCUAUUCACGCUUCGGUCACAAAUCUUUGCGCAUUGACCCGGGAUCGCUAUGUCGCCAUUGUUUACCCUUUCAAAUACAUUGCAUCUAUAACCAAUAGACGACCCGAUAAAGUUAUCAUGAUAGCAUGGUUAACUCCAUUUAUAAUUUCGCUCGCACUUUUUGUCGGAAUGUACAUUACAACUUCCGAGACUGCAUGGAAAGUUCUACGAUUGACGGGUGUCUCUGCCUUCGACUUGAUAUCCUGCAUGCUUCUCUUGUAUGCUGUUGCUCGGAUCUUAAAGGUGGCUCGUGCUCAGUCACACCGGUCAACUGCCAUCGAACUACAGCUUCAGUCUGGCCACUCUUCCAUAGCUGAAGGAGAGAUUGUGGCAAUUCGUAGACAUAGGAAACACAACACGGCUCGCUUUAUUAUUGCUCUUAUCUUGUUUUUCCUGGGAUGUUACGUUGUGGCAAACUGUUUGAUCUUGUGCCUCAGUUUCCGGGCUUGCAAUCUCUCUGAGAAAUCCUCAAAGAAAGCUGGACAGGUCCUCAAUUUACUCUUUGUUCUUAACUCCGCGGUGAAUCCACUUGUCUACGCUUUUUUAAAGAAAGAUAUCAAAAGAAAAAUAAGAGAAGUUUUCAACAAAAGAAACUAAAUCAACAGAGAACUGCUGAGGUUUACAUUGGAGAGUUCCCCUUUGUCGUCAACGUAAUGAACUCAAGGGUUAUAAUAAUUUAAUUCUUCGCCUACUAACCUUCAUUUGAAAGUAUUCGAACCACCGGUCCACUGGGAUUUUUUAAACGUUGCAGCUUAAAAUCGACGAUUAAACACCCGGCGCAGAUAAACCUCUGUGUCUUUCUCUGAGCGAGUUAUCGAUUAUUUAGAUCAUAUUUCUGUCAUGGACUUUCGUUUCGUAAUAUCAUUCAUGCUGUAAAUUCGAUAUAGAAGAGCUUUGUUAAAUAGGUAUUAUUCGCAGUAUCUGGGCUUCCAGUUGUUUAUAGAUCGCAAGUAAACAGCCUUUGAAAAACUCUGAUUGAAUUGAACCGUUGUUGGGCCAAAGACAUUUAUUCCUAUACUUCCAGUAUUUCCGGUUCGUAAAAUGGUCCUAAUACCAGUUUAUUCGUAAGGCAACUAAACGAAAAACUAAUUAGGGUGCGUUUCUUUAUCUAAAUCCGAGACCAGACAAAAAAUCCGGAUCAUUAGGAUUUUUCGCUGAGAAAAGGAAUGAUGUCUCAAGAGAGCUUAUUAUCUUCUAAACCCAAGCUACGAUACGAACGGUAUCCCAGCGAAAAAGAUGGCCGCCGAGAACACCGCCGUCCGAGUUUAUUGUUUUCCGAUUGAUUUCAUUCUCGAAGAUUGCCUCAGCGAAAUUUCAAUUAACACGUCAAACGAAGACGAGCUCUUUUCAGUUUUCCUCAUUAGCCGAAGGCAAAAAAGACAGUUUCAAACAAGCUGUACUUUGAUAAAAAUCUCCAAGGUACAGUGCAAAUGACUUCCGAAGUCAUUUCCUUACGUCUCAGCAUGCCUUUCCUGUUCUUGACAACCUUGCCACAUCUAAGUGGUGUGAGACAGCAGCUAAGAUAAGGAAACAACUGUCGAUCUUUCUUUGAAUCCCUGGAAUUCUAGAGUGCCUCUAUUCAAAUACAGAUGGCGAACUAGUUUUGGAUUUUAAUAAAGAAACGCACCCUUAAGCGUCUAAAUCUUAAAAAAAAAAAGAUAUUCAAUAUCAGGAUAAAAAACAAUUAGUUAGUUAUCGGUGUAAACUAGAUCCGCGAAAGCGAGAUCAAUUAAAAAAAUUCAUUUCCAAAAAUAACUAGAAAAUGUUUAGAUCAUUAUUUGAGUAUUGGUGCUCGAAAUGUUUGUUUUCUUUUCCUAUUCAAAAUUGCGAUGAUAAUUUUAAGCACGAAAAGGUGUCUUUAAAUUCAAUUACCACUCAUUGGAUAAUAGCCAGAAAAGUUUUAAUGAUUCCUGUUCCAACCUGAUGGCUACAGAUAAGAUUUUUGACGCUUAAAUGCUCCCCAUACUUUUCGCAAACGUAAUUGUACAAUGUAGUUUAAUUGUCAGCUCCAAUUUUUUUUUCUUGCAUUUUUAAUUAUUGUUUAGAUCCAACCCUGAUCUAUCAAACGCGAAGGGAAAAAAUAUCGAGAACUUCGCCUUUAAUAAGGCUCGUUCUAAUUCAUAUUUUACGUAAGAAGACUAGAUCUGAGCCAGUUCAUCAAGUGUUCCCAUAUUAGUUCUCGCUCAAAACAGUCUGUAAAAGGCGAGCAGUAGUUCGCUUCGUAAUCCAGUCUCAAUGAUAUAUUAAUAUUUCAGUAAAUCACCAAAAGAGAAUGGCUUUGGAUGCAAUCGCACUAAUAAAACGGAAAACCUUGGUCUGACUUAUUAUCUUUCAGAGCGAUUUUCAAUAGAAGAUAGAGAUUUUUAUAUUGAUGUAUUAAUUUCCAUCUCGGAAAAACAUACCUUGGAGAUUGUGUAUAGAGACCCGUUGAGUAUCUUCUGCUCCCUAUCGUGACUCACAUCUGAGUAAUGCACACACUCGCUUACAAAAUUUGUUGUCAUGCAAAAGCUUCCAUGGAAAAAAAUUUUGAUUGACUCCGGACUUUUACAAUCAACAAUCAACAAUCAGCUCGAUAUGUAAACGGAUGUACCACUUCCGUAAGUAUAAGUAGCUCAUACAUGUCACGACAAAAAGGAUUAAGCACGUUGUAGUCCGUUUAGUUUUUAUUUUUUUUAAUUUUUUUUUUCGAUUAGCCUGAGAAGGUGAAAACAUUUUUUGGCUACUUGUAACGUCCAAGCAAUUCUUUAGCAAACUCGAGAUGAAGGGAACUCUGCUUCAAGCAAUGUACAUGCAUGUUAGCUUUCCUCAAAGAAGUAUGAACCCCACUAGAAGUGUAGUGACCCUUUAAAGAAAAAAAUCUAUCAUUAAAAAAAUGUUAUCUUUAUUUUUUACAACAUUGCCCAUUGCUACCAAACGGGCCCGAGAAUGACCAUAUACUGCACACCUUCAUAUACAUAUACCGUCACAAAAAGGUAAAAUCUUGAUUAAUUGAAGACUGGCGAAAACUAAUUAUGCACGCUGCAUGUCUUCAUUUAUUACUUAACUAUGUUUUGUGAAUAUUAUAUUGCUGGCACGGUACCGAUUCUAUUAAGAUCUUUCCUUUUUCUUGACAACUGGAGCACUUUGCUUAUACUUUGACAAACAUUUCACUACAAAUUCAAUAAAGUAUGUCCCGAUUUAGCGGAAAUUUCCGCUCUUUGGGUGAGUAAAAGCGCCAGCCACAUCAAACUGCAAUGUUGUUGUCAUCGACGAGAUGAAAAAAACACAACAGAUCUCACGGGAGGAGAAAAUUUCGAAAAACUAGUAAGUACUAUAAACAUUUUUUCUUUACACAUUCUUAUAACAACAGCAAAUUUUCAUUAAUAAAGAACGCCUUAAAAAGGCAACUAUAUCAUGAAUUGCUAGUCUGCAGUUCAAAAUCUAAUUUUGAUAUGACGCCUUUUUCAUAAUUACGUAGGUAGAGAAUUCAGUUUUCCUUGAGUUAAAGGUAUACCUUUGUGGGUAUUUUCUCCGUUUGAAGUCUCUAGAAUUUAUUCCUAAGAUAUUACUCCUUAAAUGUUUUUUUUCAACUUGCGCCUAUGUUUCACAGAAAAAUAAUCUGCGUAAUGAAAGUUACUGUUUUUAUCAUGGCGCAUAGAAGACAAUUACUCAUUAAUUAUUUUUUCUUUACACUUUCUUGGCAGCAGCAAAUUUCCAUCAAUACAGAAUGCCUCAAAAAGGCGACUUUAUCGAUCAUGAAUUGCUAGUCUGUAGUUCUAAUUUUAAUUUUGAUAAGACGCCUUUUUCGCAAAUAUGUACGUAGGGAAUUCAAAUAUUUAAACUUGAGUUUUCUCAAGUUAAGGUAUACCUUUGUCGGUUUUUUCUUCGUUUGAGACCUCUAUAAUUUAUUCUUAAGAUAUCACUCUUUAAAUGCUGUUUUCGACUUUGCGCCUAUGCUGUACAAAAAAGUAAUCUACAUACAGAAAGUGACUGUUCUUUCACCAAGCGUAAUGGCUGAUAAUUCAAAAUGUAGCAGGUGAAAUGAUUACAUCUCCUUCAGUGUUCUCCUAUUUACUUCGUCACCGCUUUUCAAAAAAUUCCCUAUGAGGAUUUAAAAAGUGGUGGGAACCUAAUUUAAACUUGAAAUCUAACAAAUUCUCCAAAUUAUAAACACCAAUGCUGUGAAUUGUUGGACAACCCUGGACGUGCAAAUCUUAGGCGCCACAUGCAAUUAAUUGGGGCGGACUUUGAUUAGGAAAGUUUCCUCGGUUAGUGUAGUCUUUCGACCUUGUUUAUGAUGGUUUCUCAUUCUGCUCUUGGAAUUGUUCUAUUUUUCCGGUGAGGAUAAAUGCCACUUCUGAAAAGGGAAAGAAAAUGAUAAGGCGCAAUACUCUUCUAGUAGAAAAUGGCGCUUCACUUUUCUGAGCUUCUCUGGCCAUAAAAACACCAGUCGUAGACAGAGGCUUUCAAAAUUUCCGACCACUUACUGAUAAAAGUCAAAUCAUUCCUAACAAAGCAAAUGCAAUAUUAGCGAAUCCUUCUUCCUCUUGCAGCUCUUCUUUCGUCCCCUUCUUCAUAAGAAUGGGUUCGGUUAACUUAAGCUUAACGCUACUGGAUUACAUGUAGGCUGUUAGAGGAGCCUUGAAAAUAUUCGAAAUAUCUAGGACACCUUUGCUGGUCACUCAUGCGACAGUCAGAUUAUACCGUUUUGGUUCAAGUUUCACUGAUUUAUUUUCAUUUUAUUUCAGAUUACUGACUGUAUUUACUGCGAGUAACAAUGUUUCUAUUGCUUUACUCGAAGCGCGUGCGAUAACUGAGUUUCGCUAUGACUCAAAAAUUCUUGAGUUGUCCAAGUUUUUUUUUUAGCAUCUUGAAGGUUUGUGAAUAAAAAACACACACUACUGAAAAAUGCUCUUACUCCUUACGCGCUUGCCAUCCAUACACUUCACAGUCUCAUUUCGAUUGAUUACUAGAAGGAUUCAAGUGUCAAAAAAAGAAAAGUUGUCGGAGUUCGUUAUCUUGAAGUGACGCUUUAUAAUCAUGUAUUCUGAUGUUGUAACAUUAAACAUUUCUCAACCUCACAGUAAAUAUUUCAAGUAUCAAAGCAGAUAAAAAUAUUGAGUUCUCGGACAUACGAAUCACAGGUGAAUGACGCUGUGUCCUGUAAACGAAGACUUGCCCUUAAUUAAAAAAAAAGCGGCCUCCUAGGCGUAUUUACAUUAGUUCAAAGCCAGCUUUUUAAGUACCGGAAUAGGGCAUCUGUUCAAAUGCCAGGGGGUAGAUGAAAACGGCACGAUACCUUGCAACAACUUGGCCUAGAACUUCAAAGGAACCAACGUGGUAUAUAAUACAUAAGUUCUCACUGAAAAUGAUUAUUUUCCGGUUUUUUCGAAAUGAUUUGCUCUUUUAACAGCAGCUGCUUCGUACAUUGGUAAACGAUUUUGUUAAAAAAAAAAAAAAGCGUUGCUCGAUGUAUUUUAAACGCCUUUGUUUUUUCGCCUUUUCAUGCAAUAUUCCCCAUAUCGCAUGAGAUAAAUUAAACUGUCUCAUGACAAUCACGCCAUCAGCUGGCAUGAUGAAAUAACGUUUACGGGCUUCGUGUACCCUAGGAAGUGUAACUCGAUCUGUGACAAUUGCCAAGGAUUAAAGGUAAAGAUAAUUGCUUUUUUUUUUACUCUCUACAUGAGAAACAACUCCAUUUAUGGAGUGUGCUGAAAGAAAAUGAGAAGCUCGAGGAGGUGUUAACCUACUCUUAGUGUUAAUUUUACAAUGUAACAUCGUCUAUAUUUUUUUUGUUGCCGUACAGAGAAGUCUCUCGGCCGAUAAACACCGAAUCGCGUGACUGAUAACUAAUAGUUGGUGAUCAUCAUGUGAAACUGUUGACCAUGUAAUUUUCUAAACCCCAAAUGAAACGACACAGUGUCCAUGUUACCAAUAAUUCCACGUUACUGAUAGUUUUGAUAUAGAUCUAGCACUGAAUUAUUUAUCGGCUCAUGUCUUCUUAAGAUAACCUUUACAUUCAAAUUGUUGAGAGGCUGAAAAAGAAAUCAGGAUGCAAAUUAAGAGAUAACAAUGCAACAGCAUUAAAAUGCCAGUUUUUUAGAAGGGACCUCGGAGGACAUUCUGAUAACUGUGGUUGCGUUCAAUAAACCCGCAGCUGACGAUUGGUUGGUAUAUCAAACUCAUUAUCAUAUUUAUACAAGCUCUGAGGAUCGGCUUCAAAAAUCACAGCUAUUUGCGAAAGUAUCGAAAUGGUUUUUUGGCUCAAUAUUCUUGGCUGGUUACUUUCCGUCGUAACUAUUGUGGGAAACGGAUUUGUAGUCGGCCUUGUCUCCAAGAAUCGUCAACUUCAUUCCUCGGCAAAUUGGUUUGUCCUUUCCUUAGCAGUGGCCGACUUAACGAUCGGAUUUGCCGUCUUUCCGUUACAAUAUCUUUGUAUCGAGAAAAUAAAGUGCGACUCCUUCGUGACUACGGCAAUGUUUUGGUUCUUUCUUCACUCGUCAGUUGCCAAUCUCUGUACAUUGACUUGGGAUCGCUAUAUCGCCAUAGUUCACCCUUUUAGGUAUACUAACUUCAUAACCAAAAGACACCCUGGAUUGGUCAUCACAGCAGCAUGGUUGAUUCCCUUUGCGAUUUCACUAUCACUAUUGGUGGGGAUGUACGCAACAGACUCCACAACUGCAUGGAAAAUUCUACGUCUAACAGGCGUCUCUGUCUUUGACAUAAUAUCCUGCGUGCUGCUUCUUUAUGCUGUGGUUCGUAUCUUAGUUGUAGCUCGCGCCCAAGCCAAAAUAUCUAACCCGAUUCAACUACAACUUCAGUCUAACCAAUCUAGUGAAGUUACAGGAACAGUUCGUAAACGCAAAAGAUCCAACGCAGCUGGCUUCGUAGUGGCCAUAGUCGUGUUCUUCCUAGGAUGUUAUGCACUUGUUAAUUACUUAAUUUUAUGCUUCACAUUUUCUUGCAAAGUUCCGGGUAAAGCUGGUCAGAUUCUUAAUGUUCUUCUUGUUUUGAAUUCCGCUGCGAAUCCUGUUGUUUAUGCGUUUUGUAAGAAUGACAUUAAAACGCACAUGAAAAAGCUUUUUUGCAACUGGAAUAAGGACCGAGGGGAAAGUCGUGGGUAAGAGGUUCCCCCGUGGUAACAUUCUGUGCGUCCAUCGUUUUCAAGUAUCCAUUUACAUUUUUCAAUUUUUUUUUUUUGAGACGAGCGGUGUGUUAUUUUUAAUAAUAUGCUUCUAUUGAAGACUUGUGUGAAAUCACUUAAAAUAGGUAUCAUAUGAUGAGUUGAAUUCACGCCAGUGUGGUUUAUUAUUACAAUUAGAUAACUCUCGAUGGGACGUAGUUAAAAACGGAAGCAACUGAUAAACUGAAAUUUUUUUUCACGCGCGAACUUUAUUUAAAUCGAUGUUUCCCACGCCAGAUUUCACUGACAAAACAGAAUUAAUACUACAUAAUGUGCUGUAAAUUCCAUAUUUGGUUUAUUGGAGGCCACCUGCUUCAUUUUGUAAUGGCAAUUUACAUACUUUUGUGAACAACGAAACAACCACUUUAAAAAAAAAGAAUGCGGUCUCCCAGACUCCUUAAAUGAUAACUUACAUACGUACGUUGCUCGUUUUUUCUAAAACCCCAAAAUUUUAAGCAUUCUGAAUGACUGCCAUAGGCCGACAGAGGAAAAUCAGACAAAUAACCUAAAACUGAAAUAGGUCAUCCUAAAAGAUUACGAUAAAAAAAAAAAUUUAAUUGUCAAACAGGGUUUUAAUGUACACAUGCGAAAAAACAUUUGACAUGCAUGCGUGGGAGAGGAAGUGGUCAUACUGGCUGGUUUUAAAAGAAUGUUUUCUUCCUUUUCCUGUGUCUUUACGAAAUUGAGAUUUCGCUUUUGUUGUAUGAAACUGUGGAAUCAUUAUCAGCAGUAACAACAAUAGCACUCAAGAGGCUGUAUUUGGAAGCUUUUUAUUGAUAUUCACAACUUGGUUUGCCUUUUUUAUUCUUAAAAGUUCCCGUAGAGAAACAAUUGCCUUUCACUAGUCAGACUGGCUGUCAUUAAUUUCAAUGUUCAGAGUCGGACUUCUGUCUCAGGAAAACGUUAGAAGUUAGCAUUCUCUUUGUUAAACAUAUAUCAUAGAACUUGUUCAUGAAUACUGCAUGAAUGAUUCUUAACUCCCGGCUGGACUAAUGUAAAUAUUAAGAAAGUUGCCAUGAAUUUUGGUGUUACGGCUCAGUCGAAAUUGACUGAACUCGUUUUUAAGCGAAAGAUUGCACACUAAUACUCUCUUUGGGGAGGAGGCUGACCAGAUAAUUAAGAAAUGGUCUUUGAAUUUGUUCGCGGAUUCGUGAUGACUGGAAGCCCAAUCUCUGUUUAAGCGCCAAGUUUAUAAAUAAAAUGCCCAGUUUUCCCUUUUCAUAUCUGCUGUGUAUUAGUAACAAAGAGCACAGAGUUUAAAGGUUAUAAGAGGAGAGACCGCUGGACAGCGAAAAGAAAGACGUGAAAAGAAAAUUAUAGAAAGGCAAAGUAAAAACAAAAAUUUAGAAAUAAGCUUCCCCUAAGAGUUUGAAUCUAAAUCGCAACAUAAAAAUUUGCCAAGCACCAAAACCAUAUUUUAUAGACAUUUCUAGCGUUUUAAGCUGUCUGGUCCAUAUAUAUGACCAUCAAAACAAAAAAAAAAAAGAUGGCUUACGUAUUUUCUACAAUUGGGUUGUUUGCCAAAGUAAAGGGAAAACUUCCGGAACCAUUUUUUUAAUGUCUACCCAGGAGAAAAGAUUUCAGAAAAAAUGCAAUUUGUAUUUUUCAAAAGAACAUAAAAUGAGAGAUUCUCUUGGCACUCUUUCAGUUCAUUAAAAGUGCUUUUUGAAAGUACUUGUCAGAUUCUCGGGCUUGAUUGUUUCAAAACUAUGAAACUCUGAGACUAUGUCUUUACUAUUGAAGGCUGGAGUCGAGUGACAUGAUAGAAUUUCCAGAGCCUCUGACUGAAAUGAAUGCCAACGAAAUGCGGCUUAAUCGGACAGAAUCGUGACGUUUUGACCCUUACUUAUAUGGUCCGAUAAUAAUAGCAGAACAUAAGCUAAGAGCAGAAUAUUUAAAAAAGUUGAAGACUUUUGUCUUUCCGAUAGAUUUUUAAGAUAGAUUUCCGUUGAAGAGUUUUCCAAAAAGUUACUCGAGACAUUUCUUAGAAAGGGAAAUUCACCAGGACAGCAAUCAACCGCUGAAUUUGUCCCUUUUACUAUGAAAUCAAUCUAUAUUCUUCUUUCUUAACUGAAAUAUUUAUGGAAAACUUUAGAAACAUGUUUACUGUAACGGCAAAUGCAAAAUAGAAGUAGUUAUGGUUCUUUUGCGGUCGGCGUUUCAGCUCAGUUCAGCUGUUUACGAAAAAUUUGAAACCCUUGUCCGAGUGCGUAAAAAAAAUGAGGUUCGAGGGGGUAAAAAAAGCCGACCUCCUAAAAUUUUAAGUGAAUCUAACAAAUAUUUACCCAUCCGUUUACCGGAAAAGUCUUUUCCUACGGAAAAAAAAAAAAAUCAUGUGAAUGAGAUAACAACUGCUUUGUCCUCCUCAGCAGGAUUACAGAGAGUAUGAGUUGCGAAAACCAUCAAAACCAAGAUUUUACCGAAAAAAUAAUGAUAGUUAAGCUUUUCUUCUCUUAUCUCAAUCUAACAGCAACAUGAAAGCUUUCUGACGGAAAGUUAAUUAAAAGUGCUUCAUUGUCAGCACAGAAACAAACGAAGCAAUUAUCAUGACAACACCUACAGAUUAAAAAUAUUUAUCGCACCCUGUGCUUUUUUUUUUCGGUUUUAAUUUGUCUUAAUUCAAACAAAGGUAUGAAAGAAGCGCCAUCGAUAACAGUAUCACCUGAAGUUUCUUACUUAUUUUUUUAGAUUGCAUUCUAAUUCUUAACCGUCGGCAAAUAUUUUAGAAUAAAAUCUAUGUGCAAAGGUCAUAAUCCGACCUAAGGGAAAGCCAAAGUCUCGUGUUUGACCAUUAAAGUUCAAUUAAUCUGGAAGUGCUCUCAUGGGGACCUUAUACCUGAACAAUGUCAAAACAAUAUAUGACACAGGGAGUUUCGGUUUCUUUCAAACCAACACAGGUGGAUUGCGCACUAAAAGCCUCGUUGAAUUGAAAUUGGGGUUUUAAUGAACUGGACAGCAAAGUGCGGGAGUAGAAGCCGAAUUAGCGACGGAAAAAAAAAGGUUAAUAUUUCUAACUUCUUCCAAAAAGAUAGAUUCAAUUUUUUUCAAACUACUUUUCAAAUAACAUUUUUUUAGAGAAAAAUAACGUGCAUGAACCAUAAAUAUGGUUCAUGCACAUAACUCAUCCAUACUUUCCAAUUGCAGCUGUGAUGCCCUAAGUUAUAUGCAAAGAGUGUCUUUCUAUACUUUCUAUUGUCAUCUUGGGAAAAAGUAUAUACUUCGUCCGGAUUAUUGAUUAAGAAUUUCGGAAACUCUUGAUAAACACAUUCAUACCGCACAAUAGAUUAAUGCGCGCAAGGAGUCACUUUGACAACUUCGAAAGAGUAGGUGGCGAUGAUAAAUGAGCUUCGGUUUAUAAAUUGAAAUUUUAUCUUAGAUAAGAAAUUUUGAAUUUUUGUGCGCUAGGAGACACUUUGACAACUUCAAAAGAGUAGGUGGUGAUGAUAAAUGAGCUUCGAUUUAUGCAUUGAAAUUUUAUCUUAGAUAAGAAAUUUUGAAUUUUUGCGGUGCAAAUUUUCCUACACGAGUCCAAUUUAUGAACAAAAAAUACGAUUGUUCUCAGUUAACCUCAACCAGCUGACAUUUGUUUCGGAGCAGUUUGAUGGAAUCUACACCAGCAAAGAGUCUUAGAGCAGUCUUGGCGGAAUUUACUUUUCAAUUCCUCAAUAAGCUUGCAUAUUCAUUUAUAUUCCACUUAUAACUCUUAAGUGGAGGAAAACACACGACGUGAGCAAUUCAAAACAUUGUUUAAAUUCUGCAAACACAGAUAGGCACAAGCAUCUGAAGAACAAUUCCCUGUUAAGUGACAGCUGGAAAAGAAAUUAAAUUGCCGUGUAAUUGUAAAUUUAUGGGAUUGUAUUUAUUCAUUUCGCUUGGCAUAUGACAGUGACCUAUUUUACGCUUUAAACCCAUUUAAGCGAGAACAGUUGUGGCAGUGCGUCAAGAGAGGUUCGAUUUAAAUGGAGACGUGGUUCAACAUUCUUGGAUGGGUUCUUUCUAUCGCUACAGUGGCAGGAAAUGGCUUUGUGGUUGGUAUUGUGGCCCAAACUCGUCGACUUCAUUCCACUGCAAACUGGUUUGUUCUGUCUUUGGCAGUGGCCGACUUUGGUGUUGGAAUCAUCGUUUAUCCUUUGUCAUAUUUUUGUUUAAGCUCAAUAGAGUGUAACCUUAAAGUAUACGUGGCGCUUUUCUGGUUUUUCCUACAUUCGUCGGCCACAAAUCUUUGCGCAUUGACUUGGAAUCGUUACGUCGCAAUCGUUCAUCCAUUCAAGUACCACACGUCCAUGACCGAGAGACGUCCAGGGAUGGUCAUCAUGACCGCAUGGCUGAUUUCCUUUGCGAGUGCCUUGUCUCUUUUGGUGGGAUUAUACGCAACGCAGUCCCCCACUGCCCUGAAGAUCUUGCGAAUACUAAACAUCUCCAUCUUUGACAUAGUUUCCUGCGCGCUGCUUUUGUAUGCCGUUGUUCGUAUUCUCAUUGUGGCUCGGACACAGGCAAGCCAGAUGUCUGAAUUGGAGCUAAACGGAAGGCCCACCACGGAAGCAGAAGCCUUACGAAGAGGAAGACUGCGCAACACAGCUCUCUUCAUCAUCGCUAUAGUUGUGUUUUUCUUGGGAUGCUACGUAGUUGUAAGCGCCGUAACUCUUUGUGUGACUUUUUCCUCGUGUCAAUCUUCCGUUGCAGUUGGCCAGACCAUCGUUUGCCUACUCACUCUGAACUCCGCAGGUAAUCCUUUGGUAUAUGCGCUUUUAAAGAGGGAUAUGAAGAGAGAAGUACAGAGGCUUUUCUGCAGAGAACGCUUUAAUGAAGGAUUUGACACGUUAAAUCCAUCAAGUAGAAUGAGAAUGUCAACGGCAUUAUAGAAAUGUGAAACAAGUGUCAUUCCAUUAGUUUUUUUUCUAUGUAUCUUUUGUUCCUUCAUGUGGCGAUGUACAUUUCAAAGAUGCAGCAAGAACUGUGUUUUAAAAAACUUAUUCAUUAUUGUAUUCUGUGUUGUUCUAUUAUUAGUUCACCUCUUUUUGUUCAUUUUGUUCAACUCAUUAGGGAAAAUUUAAAUUCAAAAUUGGUUCACGAAAAAAGAAACAAUACGUUUCCGGACUAUUUUGUAUUCCAACCGUAUAAUAUGAUUAAAUAAAAAGUAAUGGUGUGACUUGCGGUUUUUUUUUUUUUUUCUGUUUGUCAAGUUGUUCCUAUCGAUCAACCCUUAAUGCAUCCUGCCAACCAAGAUUUAAUAUACUUCUUCGAAUUACGCUUACUUUUAUGUUUAUUACACCGGAAGAAACCUUUCCUGAAUUAACUAACACUUUUAAGAUGUGGACAUGCACUUUUUCUAUUUGCAGGAUUUCUUCCCAAACGGUGAUACGACUAUUAACUAGACCAAAAUAUUGCUGCAUUGGCUCGUGAAAAAAUAGCAAUUUUAAAACUUAUCAGUUACGUUUUUUGGUUUGGGUUGUAAUUUGGUUGUUGUCUUUAGUUGUUGGUGUUUGCAUUCGCCUGCUGUUAGUAAUAUUUUAUUAACAACUAUUUUUAAAGGAGAAGGCGGCUUCGUGGCUCGAAAAUCAGUUUUACACUGAGUUUCAAUCGUAAUUUCAAAAUUGAAUUUGUUUCUAAAGGCCUCAACUUAAAAGUGGGCGUGUAAAGUAAAUAGGCCCCAGGGUGUUGUUUAAUUCGCCUCCCGUUAUUAGCUUAAGACGCUUUGGGAGAAAUUAAGAUUUUCGUCACUUAUAUAAGACUGAUUGAGAGUAGCCCCUAACCUCUAGAGAAAUGUAAAAAUUUUCUUUAAGCCUUACAAAAAAGAAAUGAACAUCGAGCGAUACGAGAAUGAAGUGUAUCAUUUGAAAUUUUACCAUAUGUGAUUUACCGUUCAAGAACUUGUAAAAUAUGACUAAAAGGAACAGAACGAAAAUUAACGAAUUCAGAAACAACAGCUAUAAAAGAGAAGUUAGAUCAGAAUUUGAAGAAAGGUGCAAAGCAGGUGCAACUGACGUUUCAGUCAACAUAUAGAGCGUAGAAAAACUACCCCCUCCCCCCCUUACAUGAAUAAGCUCGUUUGUACCCCGAAUAAAAAUUUGUAAAUAAUUCUUCAAAGGUAGCAGCUGCAUCGGAAACAAAAAGUUGCGCAACACAAAUUUUUUAUCUUUUUAUAUAGAUUUGUAGACUUUUAUUUGGUCACGAAGAGUUUAGUUUAAUUAGCUAAAAAUAAGGUAAGAUCAUUAUGUGUACCAAAUUUCCUUGUCUUAGACAUUUUCGAUUCAAUAACAAAUGUAAGAUAGUUUCGGUACUUUUGUUUCAAUUAUUUUUUGUACCUGUUUUUUUUACUUUACUUUACCAAGCUUUUAUGUAUUUCCUGCACUGCAAAUAGCAUAAUAGCGUGUCAUCUUUUACACUACCUUUACGUGAGCAAAAAGCUACCACAAAAACUAAAUCUUUAACAUUUCCACUCAAGAGGUUUUAAUGGUUGUGAUCUUAUUCAAAAGUCGUCUCGACCCGCCAACAUUGAAAAUAUGAAUCUACAAUACUCAAAGGUAUUACAAGGCUGAUUCUAUUAUUGACUGCGAUAAUCAGUAUUCACUGGAUUACAUAGAGCACAUUCCAGCUAACACAUCAUUCGCUUUUGGAAGAAGAAAGACCGACGUCUACGCCGAGUUUAGAAGGAAUUCGAAUGAAAUACUGCACUUCAACAGACUGAUCAAAGACUAAUCUAGGCCGCCUUAACUAAAGAGGCUUACGUCAACAACUGCUUCACGGGAGAGACAGGUCUGUCCAGUCGAAAGCGUCUGUCAGAAAGUUAUGGUAACGAUUAUUUUCAAGACAGUUUUACGAAUAAUUACGCUUAAGAAAAGCUAUCUAUUCGGAAGGAAUUCUUUUUUGUCACUAGUCCAUGAUCUAUUUUCAGCGAAUGAAUUCUUAAGGGAUGGGUUUGAAAGUUUACGUUUGGUACUCCUUUUGGAUUAGCCUUAGGGAACCGCAGAAUUAGAUGAAUUUUAAAGAAAUGAAAUGAAAACACAGCAAAUGGAGACCUACUGUCCGACGACGCCUGCUUGAAAAUUGGCUCAUUUGAUUUACAAAGAAAGUCUCCAGAGAAAAGUUCAACAAUAAUAUGAUACGGUUCCCUUAAUACAGGUCCUUUAGACAAGUUCAAUUUGAAAUAAUUUUAGAUAAUACUAGAAAAAUCAUUUCCUGAAGUUUUUUGGGACACCUCAUUUGCUAUGACAAAGCAGAAGAACGCAAUGAUGAAUUUCUUGUGCAUCUAUUAUGCAACAGUUUUCAAAGCCAUUUUGUUGGCAAUGUCUGCAUAUCUACUUAGCUUAUUUAGCUGGAAAAAAAUAACUACGGAAAAAAGGAUAUCUACAUUUAUGAAAAUACUUGCAAAGACAACAUGACUUAAAGCUCACAAUUUUACUGUUUAAUAUGAUUCGUCAUAACCCUUAAUAUGCUGUAUAGGGUAGUACUUGAUGUUAGCUAGAUACUUGAGUUGUGUUUUGUAAUCAGUGCAAAUUUUGAAAGCUUAACUUCGACAAGACAUUCUGUUCAUUUUUAAACGGAAGGAAAACAUUUUAAGACACUAUAAUUUUUGGUUCGAAGACCUUCUCGGCCUUCCGUGCCGACCGGUACUACUCGAUUCGUCAAUUAUCGUAAACAUGACAGAUCCUCUAAGCACUCUAAAUUUCAGUGUGCUAUUCUUACAAAACAAAAAUUAAAAAUUGACGGCACGGGUAAUUAUAAGGCUGAACACGCAUGAAGGCGCAUCAUGAUAUUUCAAAGUUUUAGUAAUAUAUGAUGAUGUGCUGUUUAUAUACAGCGCAGAACCCUUAACAAGUUUAACUUCUACAAAACGCAAAAAAAAUUAAUAAAAUUAGGUCCACGGAGAACCAUAUAGAUAACUAGCUUUCUCAGCUUAAUACUCAACCGAUUUUCAGAAUACCAUUCGAAUUGCUCCUAACACAUUAAACAAUCCUUGAGUGAGCUUUUAAUUUCAAGCAGAUCAGCUUUCCCAUACUGCGAGAAACAACUAAAGAAGAUCUGCGGAAACCGAGUCAACUAAUUGUUUUGAUGUUCAAUAACCUUUUUUUUUCCUUGAUUGUGUUUUUUCUUUUUUUUUUUGAAAAUAUUUUCAAUACUCGAUAUUCGGAAGCUUGGGAAAGCAAUCGGGAAUUUUUUCAGGAAAGAGCACAACUACCCGAACGCAGGAGCGGGUCUUUAUUUGUACCAAGACGCACCUUUACGGCGUUUUACAUUUGGAGACCAAUAUCACGAGACAUUACUUUCAGCCAACGAAAUAAAAGGCGGAAAUGCAUCAAAUGAUGAAUGUGUUUAUUGGGAUCUUUGGGUCUCGCAAACAGUAAUACCAAGUGUCUGAACUACAGUAAUGUUAUCAUCAUCGGCGAGCAGUAGUACGUUAUUGGCAGCGGCAGCCUUUAAUUAGUUAAUCUGCGUCCAAAAGUUCAACCAACUGGUCGCCAAUGUGAUUGAAAAGUUAAGUGCGUGCGACCAUCACUUUACUUGUUAGUCGCCGGCAGGUCGAUGUUCUAAACCAGCUAUUUCGUUUCCGUUUCAGAUCGAAACACUUCACGUUUAGUAUCCAGAAGAAACAUAUCCCGUCGUAUCGAAGUUUUUAACCUGCCGGGAAAAUAGUUUAGGCCAAAAAGGAGGUAAGUUUCACAUUGAUUGAGAUCCAAAACUAUCGUAAUACGCAAAUGCUUAAACUUGUGCUUUCCAGGCGCCCUAUCUGAUCAUGUUCGGCGGCCCUUUCCGAAACAUUUUUCUCGGUCAGAAGAGGAAAAACCUGCUGAAAUUCGUUCAAAUCUUCUACACUAUCUCGCGUGCCUACAAAUCAGAAAAGUGGUCCUUCCCCUUUAAUUGAAAACAAACUUCGAAAAAGCUCACGACUUUCAUGGAACAUGCGAUACCUUCGCCAUUUUCUUUCCGUGACUCAACUGAUGAUUAGCAACGAGUGAGAGUAUCUUACAGAUGAAGAAACUUCUUUAAACUUUUCUCAUAUCACUGUGAAGUAAACAUCUAACGCUACACAUCUUUUUCUCUGACGAAGGGCUAACGCUCGAAACGUUGGCUUUGAAACUCUUUACGGUGGCUAAUUUACAUAAAAAACUCAGUUGAUAGGAUCAAAUCACCUUAUUACACCCCUACCGAUGCAGCUCCACCGGUUCUUUAGAAACUUACCCCCUUUAUUCAUUUGUUAUCAACUGACAGAAAGAAAAUUGUAGUCGCGUUUCAAUCGGCUACCGAACAUUACACCCCCUACCAAUGCAGCUCCACAAUUUCUUUAGAAACUUAUCCUAGUUUUCAUUCGUCAUCAACGACAGAAAAAAGUUGUAGUCGUUUUCCAAUUGGCUCCCGAACGACUUGAGAUGUUAAGUUCGCCGGCGUCAAGAAACAGCUCUCUUCACCAUCGCCAUAUAGUUAGUGUAUUUACUAAGGUUGUCACGUACCUGUAAGCACGACAACUCUCUGGGAAAGGUUUACCUGCAAAGGUACCCAUGCAUCUGGUAGGAUCCUUUUUCUUUCCUUUUUAGUUAAAUAAUUCCGCAGAGAAUCCUCUAGUUAUGCUUUUUUUGGAGAGAGAUAAUAGGAAAGGAGUGAGCCAAUUCCACGCGGGUAACGCUGUUAAGUCCAUAAAGAUAGGGAGACCUUUUAAAAAUGCGAACGCGCGUCAUUUUAAUGGUCAACCUUUUUCAGAUAGUUUCCUUUCUGCAAGUGUUAAAUCUUCAUUUCAAAGCGCAGUAAAAACUGUAGCGCUGAAAAGAGCCGUCUCUGUAAAAAUCUUCGGGUUUGUCGCAUUUUCUUUUAUCUUAAAGAAAUUUGAAUUUAGAAUUGUUUCACAUUAACGAAACCUGGCGGUGAUCUUGGUGAGCGUGUUUUUGAUAAUUUUGAUCAUUGUUUUACAUAACAUGUAGGGUAUAAUUGUAUAGCGCAGCGCAUGAUUACCAUUUUAGCAUUUUAAUUUGUAUUUGUUUCCCUAUUCAACAGACCCCAUACCCUACCUCUUUGUUAUAGGAACUUUAUAUAUUUCUUUCCCUCAAAAGUUAUGUAAAUGCUUAUUGUGAUGUACACACGCAUGUUAAACCCAGCGUAACUUCCAACGACUAUGAUUUUCCGCUUUUGGGGGCGUCAUCUUUUAUGUUUCCUUUAGGUAAAUCCAUCGAUCGAACUUAGCCGACCAGACGACUAAACAUCAGACAUUUCCAUGCGAAAAAAAGAAAAGAUGAAAGGAGUUGAGAGGUUUUUUUUUUUUUUUCGUGGCCUUCUUGACCAAUUUUGAAAUAUGUAAUUUACCAUUUUGCAUAUUAACCAAGAAAACCUGAAUAACUGGCUUGGCUUCAAAUGAUGAAUCCUUAUAAAGUGCUUCGAUGUCUUGUAGAAUCCACAUUUUAUAUCAUUACAGAGCUGUUUGAGAAGUAACGUGAGGGUUUGAUGAGUGACAUUACAACGAAGGAACGAAGUUGAGUCGUGUGGAAUAGGAUUCUGUAUGCAAAAUUUUAAACGCGAUCAAAAAUUAAAGAGGAACUCGAAAGAUUCACGCAAUACAAUUACAUAGAGACAAAAUAAAGCUUAUGUCGGCAAAUGUCUCCCCAAAGAGACAAGUCUGUCAAGUUGGAUGCAUCAAGUCGCUUUUACUUAUUCUUUACAUCAUUUUUGGGAAAAAUGCGCUCGGGAGAAGCUACUUUACUCAGAGGCAGUUUGUCUUUAUCACUUGCAUUCAAGUUGGUUAAGUACUCAUUUCGGCUCAGAGUAGGCAACCCUCCCUUAAAAAGGAAAAAAAAUGAACACGAUUCAACCGAAGCGAAAUAUUAAUUUAUUUAACCUUUUAACUCCCAAGAUCUCAUUAGUAAUUCUCCUUACUGUCUUUCAUACAAUUCAUAUGAUGUUAGUUUGGAGAAUUUGGAAUUGGAUCAACAAAUAAUCCACUAAUUGAUGUUUUUCUUUAUUCUCAUUAAUUGUCUGCUUGAUAUCGUACUGAUAAUGUAAGGAGAAAUUCCUUCUAGGUCACUAGUAGGACUUUAAGGGUUAAUAUCGCCGGUGGGCAAAACAGUACAUUUGAAUGGCAAUUGAAUCGCUUUCUCACAAAAUGCAAAACUGUGAUAAUAACAUAUUCGUUCAAUUUGUCCGCUACUUUUCGAAGACCUACACUAAUCAGAGAGGUGGAUUCUCCGCGUUAACAAAAUAAAGAUGCGAUACUCCAUCAUUUUUCCAUUUUCCAGUUUUCUCCUUGAUACACUCAUCUCAAUAAUGUCUAAGCCGAUCGUAUUAGAGCAGCUUUCUGAGUCAUGUUUUGAGACCGUCUCCGAGUCAUAAUUUUUCAUAUAAUUUUAGUACCUUUUUCAUAUUUUUUUCCUUUUAUACUGGUGCGUUGAUGUAUAAAAAAGUCUUUAUUUCUGUGGAUGAAUCAGAUUUUAAAAAGGAAAGAAUUAGUACCCACAUCUGUUCGAACAAAAAUCGAACCCCUUGUGACCUCUACCGACAUCAUGACGGAAAUGCCAUCGAAAAACUCGCUGUGUUGUGGUGGCCUUUUUCUGUCAACUGUGCUACAGACCACACAUUUGAGUAUGAUAGAAAGUUGUAUCGAUGAAAUAUAGCGAAAAAAUUCUUAGAUUAAUAAGAGAUGAAGUUGCGUAAAAAGUACUUAAAAUGAAACAGCCAUUUCCGGAAAAAAAGAAAAGUAUAUAUCUCUUGCAAUUUGCCGAAGUUCAUCUUAAUUACAGGGCCCAGUUGUAUAAAGGUCCGAUAACGCUAUCAGGCGGAUAAAUUAUUAUCUGGUGGAUAAGUGAUAGCAAAACGUAUAACGUUAUCCACCGUAUAGAGUUUUAUCCAGUGGAUCGCGUUAUCCAACCUUCGGACAACCGGGUUCGGCUCUUUCGUUGUCUUCGCCGACCGUACACUCCCUGCCCCUCGUGAAGUGAAAAGUAAGCUGUGGUAUUGGUCCGAUUCAAUUGGCUCCCCUUAUAUCCAACGACUUUGCCUACCACUAUCAUUCUCAGAGAUGUAGUCAUAUUGAGAAGCGUAAACGGGGUAAGUUUCUUGAGAAACUGUGGUGCGUCAGUAGGAGAGUAUGGCAGGGUAAUCUAGUAUUAUCUACUGAGUUGAAAACGUAAAUUGGCCACCGUAAAGAGUUUAAAGGCUGACGUUUCGAGCGUUAGCCCUUCGUCAGAGCGAGAAGCACCUGUUUUUAAUCGGUAUAAGUUAAUUAAGCUGAGGGAGACCCCAGUUUAAAUUGAUAUCUUCAAUCAUAAAUGUUCGUUUAAUAAACAUAAAUUGUUGGGAUCAAUAUCAGUAUCUGGGCAACUGCCCACCUACCCCUCCCCUAACCCAACAUUAACCCUAACUUGUUAUCAAUUGACUGUUGUUGGGUUAGAGGAGAGGCAGGUGGGCAGUUGCCAUAUUGAUAUUGAUCCAAUUGUUCUGCCUCAAUUCUGCGUUUAAAAAAAAUUUCAACAAAGCAACCAUCUUGAUUACUGGACUGAAGAAAUUUUCUAUGUAACCCCUUUCACAACGAAUAGUAGACUGUAAGUGACACAUAUCAGGUACAUGCUAUUUCAAAAAAAUAGUUCGACCUGGAUAAUCAAAAAAUUCAAAGAAAGGUUAAAAAAAUGAUUCCGAAAUUUCUACGGUUGCUGCAAACCUUCAUACUUAGCGCUCAAAUGUCUAAAUUUGGUGUUAUCUAGUAAAUCUGGUGUAGAAUGUGUAUAAGAAAAGUUUGAAACUAGAAGUAUGCAAUAAUAGUUUUGGGGAGAAUAAGUUUGUAUCACGCAUUUCGAAAAGGCGGCUCAAGUAGCUGCUUUAGUCUUGGUACAGCGUUGCAUUGUCAGUUUUUAAGAGUUUUUUGGUUCUACACAUUAUUUUCCUGCCAAGAGGAAAAUGGGUAUUUUUUUAUAAAGUGACCGACAUUGCUUUCGAAAAAAGACAUAUUUUUUUCUUGUCGUUUUAUGAUCAAUUCCCUCGGGGCAAUUAAAUUAAUACAUUAGUGAACUCUCCACCAAUCAGAGAGCGUGCACCUCAUAGUAUGAUUACCAUAACAAAUGCUAGCUAUGUUUUGAACCGAUAACUUAUAUGCAAUGCAAUGUCUUUCAUCUAGGUUCUUCCAUCCCAGAUCACUGCUGUAUUGGUGGCUGAAUAAGGCAUCAGUGAGGUACGAAGGACAUGUAAAGAUAUGCACGUCCUCUAAGUCAAUCAAAUCGGAUCAGCUACAAUCCUCCGUCGUAAGCCUCCAUUAAGCCAAAACACGUCUGAAUGUGUCAAAACAGAUCGUCGUCCAGUUAACAUGAGAGUCGGAAAUGUGUUUGACUAUAUCGGCUGGCUCCUCACAAUCUCAACAGUAGCAGGAAACGGUUUUGUGAUUGUUCUAGUGAUUGUAAUUCGCCGACUUCACUCCUCUGCCAAUUGGUUCGUUCUUUCCCUAGCAGUGGCCGACUUUUUGGUUGGAUUUGCCAUCUUCCCACCCGCAUACUUUUGUGAUGAAUCAUGCAACCGCAGAUUGGUCUCGGCCUUUUUUUGGUUCUCCCUUAAUUCAUCGGUCUCUAACCUCUGCAUCUUGACUUGGGAUCGAUUCUUCGCCAUCGUUCGGCCUUUGAAAUACCAUUCCUCUUUAACGAUGAGACACACAAGACUGAUUGUCAUGACAGCAUGGUUAAUUGCCUUUGCAUUAUCACUGUCAAAUUUUGUGGGAUAUUACGUUACAGAUUCCCACACGGCAUUAUUAGUCCUGUUCCUCAUCAGCAUCCCUGUUUUUCAAAUACUGUCCUGCACUUUUCUACUUUACGCGAUCAUUCGCAUCCUUGUUGCGGCGCGCAAGCAAACGCGCCGAGAAGCUGCCUUACAUCUCGAACUCACGCACAGCAACCAAGCCGACCAAUCAGUCACGGCUGCAACAGACGCCGCCCCGCUUCGCAGACACAAAAAGCCAAAUUCAGCUCCUUUCAUAAUUGCUUUAGUCUUGCUCUCUUUGGGAUGCUGUGUAACGGCGAAUGGUUUGAUUUUGUGCAUUAAUUUUUCGUGCAAUAUUCCUGAACUAGGAGGACAUGUCCUCACUACUUUGUGGAUUUUGAAUUCUGCGUUCAAUCCUUUUGUCUACGCUUGUUUGAAAAAGGACAUAAAGAGGGAACUUACAAAGCUCAUUCGAAGGCGAAAAUAAGUCAGUGAAAGACUUCUCCAUAAUGCUGGUGAUUUGCUAUACCAAAAAGGUUAUACAGUAUAUAAGUUAGAAAGUACUGCGUAUGUAACGUAAGUAACCGACGAUCUCAAAAGUAAUGGAAAAUAGAGGUAUUUUGGUGAGAUACGUGUCCCUUUACUUCAGAACAGCGUCAAAAGUAUUUAAUUGACUCACGUUUUCAUCAUGAAAGUGGAGAGAGUUUCUACUACGAUAAGAUUCGGUCCGUAGAUAAUAGAUUGAACGGAGCGUGGGAUGUUAUAUUUAUUAACCGGUUCGACAAAGAAAAAACUUUUGUUUUUAUGUUAAUGUGCCGUUUGUUUUCCAGUAUCUAUAGGUGGGCGACGAUGAGAAAGUAGACUUUAAUAAGACGAAUUUCAGCCAUAAUCAGACAGUUCUAUGGGCUGCAUGGUUCGAUUCACUCUGUCUGAUUUUUGAAGAGUUAACGAACAUGUGUUAACACUCUAAAGAUCGCCAUUAUAAUAGUUAUUCACGAAGACAGAAUCUUAGGUUAUUACUAUUUACUCAAUUGACGCGUCAUCUGUCAUUCUAAGACUUAUCUUAUUAGAAUUUGUUAAGAUCUUGUUUAAACAAACCAUCAUCACGAGUGUCGGCAACGAUAAAACUCUCCUUAACUAAUGGUUUUAGAAGAGCUACAAAUUGCCUCUCUUAAAUAAUUGUCAAGGUCAGGUCAAGGGAAGUCAAGAACACGAGUGGACUAAUUGUAUCCUUUGGCAGAAAAUCUCUCUUUUUUCUCGUGUUUUCUUUCUUUCUUUCUUUCUUCGCUUGUGUUCUUUUCCAAAAUCAAUAAAUUUGAAAACAAGCACCAACAUAUGUAUUUGAAUUAAUUUUUUUAAAAUUCACUACCAACGAAAUUUCCAUAACUAAAAAAUCAAGUGUCAUCACAUCAGAAAAAGAUCAACAAAUAAUGAGAUAUUCGUCUAAUUUUAGUAAAUAAUUUACACAGCGGUUUGAUAGAGGUAUUUACGCCUUUUGUAGUCUGAUAAAUAAAUUUUCCAUCUGUGUAGUAUUUAUAAGCAUUGUAGAUGUGCUGAGUAUCCUUUAAUCCUUGCCCAUGUUAUCAAAGUUUUAUUUCUCAUUACCGUCCUUGCUCUCUACAUUUUCCGCCAACCCAAUACUUUAAGCAAUAUUUUUGAGUAUUUUGUUUUUGUCACUUGGUAAACCAAGAAGCCGGUGAGUUAGACAUGAAUUUUUAACUUGAAAGGGCCUUCCUUAUUAGGUAUUGUGCAUUUUAAUCGGUUUUGCUUUGCAUAAAAUCACAAAAAGCGCAACUAUCAAUAAAUUAAUUGCUAUUUCAAGAGAUUAUUACCAUUUCGUUCUGGUGGGUGAAUUUUCUCGCAAAGCGACGGAGCUUAAAGCAAGUAAAAUUUUUUUCCCAACAAAUGUUAGUAUCAAAAUGUAUUUUUCAAUCCCCAGACUAAAAACUUUAAACAAAUCAGUUCGUUCCAAAUCGUUAGUCGUUCUCUCUACGUGCGAAAUGUGACCUAUGGACUGAUGAUAAUUGUCUUAGGCGAAGAGUCUGUUGUAGGCAUUGAUCGUCUUCGUCACAUUUCUUGGAAUCCUACGUCAAAUACCACCUGACCUAAAGUUUAAAACAAAAAACUUCACUUGAAAUCGCUACACGAAGAGCUUGAGGUCCUUCCAAACAAUUUAGUGCUCACCUAAAUUGUUUUCGGGACAAUUCAGGGGGGAAAUGCUAUGGUCGAACGAUGAAUAAAAGAAAUGAAAGCUAGUUUUAUUUCGUAUUGUUUUAAUUUAACCAAUUACGCAAAGUGAUCGGAUAUCAGGCUGUUCUGCUAAUAAAAAUAAUCUGUCGAAUGAAAAAUCUUCCGGGCUUUUGAAAGGCGGCAUUUGAAAUUUUUGUUGAACUGAGUAUUUCUGAGCGAGUGAAUAACAGCCGACUUUCGAAGUGGUACAAAUACACAAUAAAACCAUGAUUUUAUUAUUCAGUUACGCAAGAGAGUCUCCGUUGGUAUUAAUGUUGACCAGUAUCACUAUUGGGAGUUUUUGAGUCCUGUGAGGUACAUCUUUAGUGCCGCAUACUUGUUGCCACAUGAUAAGAAUGAGUAUAACCGAUAUUUUGAAAACUGCGUUAACGAAACGUGCCUUUGAUUAAAGCUUAUGUCAAGGCCUUUGAGGUCACCGUGACGGCUAAAUAAUAUUCAACUCAGUCAGUUGCUCCUUUAGAGGCCUGAAGCGUGAUAAGGACUAUGAUCUAUAUUUUUUAAAUAAAUUCUUUAAAUGAAGCGUGCCCCGACCGAACCCUAUUAUCGAAGCUUGCAUCAGGCACUCGCUGUCGCGGCUAAGCAGCACCCAUAACCUCCCAUGCUACUCAGAUACUCAGGUUAAAGUUCGGCAUCGCUUCAGUCACAAAUCGCCGUCGAGGCUCUAAAGCGCAUGCGUAAGGGCAAGGUUUCACACUUGGUCUUCAAGAAGUAGUUGAAAAGUAUAUGAAAACUUUGUUAGAGGGAUAAUUUCCCAUUUGAAAUAUGAGAAAAUCUUAUGGAGACUGAGCCUGAAUUUUGCCAAAAAAACAGCCUGAGUAAACCCCCGGUUCCCAUUUCAUUGGUUGGGAAAUGUCUGCUUUUAAUAAAGCCGGCCUGCCGACGACGAAUCAAGCACAAUCUUUUGUCGCCUAUACCCUUACUACACUGAAAUAAUCGGUUAAAUAAAAAGAAUCAAACCUUUAAUUGAAACCUCCCAGCCUGCACCUCGUAGAUUGAGUAUGGUCUAAUGAACUGCAGUUGGGUGAAGCUUUCGUUUGCAACCCCAUUUCAGUUCCGAGAUUUUAAUUUCAAAAUUUCAACCAUAAAAAUCCUGAAAAGGAAGGCGAAAACACCGCGAUUUAUUUUUUUUGAGAGGGCACGGUAACGAAUCUUGCAAUCUGAUUGGUUCUUUACCCGGUCAAUAUUUUCCUAUCUCCGCCCACUGGCCACGGUAACGCUUUCGUGAGUCGCCAAAUACAUCCCAACUUUCGUUGCCAUUUUUAAUAAACAUUUCUCGUUUUUCCGGCUGGGCAGUAUUUUUAAGCAAACACGUCGGUCACUACCUCAAGCCGAUGAAUAACUUAUGAAUCCUCUCUUUUCUCUCACUUAAAUCACUUUGGUUGACAGAAAAAUAUUGGUUUCGGAAUUAAUUUGAAUAAACAAUAGUGUCAUUAUGUUGGUUGACAAGCGGCCUAAAACCCGUCUGCAAUUAAUUUUAAUCGUUCACAAAAAGUACCUAGAAAGUUAAAACGUGAGGUAUUUGGUUACAGUUAAACUGAACGAUGGAACUUUCAUUCCUUUAAUACCUGAAUUUUCUCAAGCAAUUUGUUCGCAGUGAAAGAACGAGCGAAGUUUUAAUUUAAGUUCUACAACAAAUAUAUGCUCUCGGUGAGUCUUUCCAAGUCCGUUCAAUUUGAACAUUUGUACCGUAAAUUGCAAAACAGAAACUGAAGGAAUUUUUUGAGAAAAGGCUGCAUUAAAUACCUUUGUGUCCCGUUGGAGUGUACCAUUCGAAUUUAGUUUUUGUGAAGGAAAGACCAGAUUUACACACGCCAUUGCAGCAAACAAACGAGCAAACUCUCACAACUUCAAAAUAAAAAAAUUGAAUUUGCUCACAAUUACUCCCCUCGCCCUUUACUUAAUGAACAGAGGUAAAUCUGUAACAAUAUUGCGUGACACUGUCACGACCUCGUGGUCCGCUGACGACAUCUGUUUUCUUAUAUUAAAUAUAUCUUGUUGGUCCGACAUCUUGGUUUUGUGUUCUCCUCUACAUUGCCCGUUUUGGCUUGUUACAAAAUCUUCGUACAAGAAUGAAUCGUUGAUGAGAGUGAAUAAUACUUUCCGUUUGAGCACUGACUGUUUUUUUAAUAAAACAUUGUCGUGACAGUCCUUACCAAACUAGUUCCGUUGUUUUUCAAAUGUUCUUAGGUUUUUUUUUUACUUACGCGCUCUCUAAUUGACAGGUGUCAGAUUGUGACAGAUACUUGUUAAAAUAAUAUUUCAAAGUUUGUUUGGAAGCCUUUUAAAUUAUCGUUACGGAAAUGAAAAUGUUUCGCUGAGGCAUCUCUCUUGAAUUUGCAUCACCUCUAUUUUAACUACCAUUUACUCGCUCAUAAUCUGUUCAGUUUAUGGAAGAUCUUGCCGUAUUUACAGCCCUAAAUCAUUCGGAUUCUUUCGGAAAGAAUUUCGUCGUUUCAAAAAAAUAAAUAUGUUUUUUACCGGCUAAGGGUCGGUCCGUAUGGUGAAAAACUGUGACCUCAGUCUUGAAAAUGCUGCCCUCGGCCUACGGUCUCGGGCAGUAUUUUCAAGACCUCGGUCACAGUUUUUCACCAUACGGACUUCCCAGCCGGCAAAUAACAUAUAUGUAAUUAUCUCUCUUUCGUAAGCAAAAUUAUAGGAGGGGCAUUGGGGCCGAUUAGAAACCGCAAAACCGAGAAAAACCGUAGAAAAAUUAUCCAAAACCGAAAAACCGUAAAAAAAUUCGAUCAAAACCGCAUGCAAAACUGUAAAAACCGAUACAUUUUCAGAUCCUAGUUAUUCAAACCCUGAUCAAUCCGACACAGUGGUAACAAGUGGAGCGUACAGAGUAAACUACACUAAUUUCAUCACAGUAUUUGUGAAUUCCAUGGACUUGGCAUUCUUAUUUUCUAGUAUCUGCUUAAAUGAUAGGCUUUAUUUCCGCAGCUCUCUCGAGGACCUCGAGCGCGGUCUCUCCGGAGGAAAUUCGUACAGAAGUCCUCUAUAGGAUUGCAAUUUUGCAGUCGCAAAAAAGCUAUAGCUCUGGAAGGUUCCAUCGAAAAUCCCUAAUCUAACAUUUCCAUUUGCGAUUUAAGACCUGAAAGUUUGGAGAUUCUAUUGGAAUGUUGAAUCAAUCAGUCACGUGUGGCCUGUAACUUGGUCACCAACUUCGAAGUGGCGUUGAUAAAGAAACUCUAGCAAUGUUCUGAGCUUAUCCAUUGUUGUUUCUUGCUGCACUGUCCUAUGUCUUACUGCUGCACCAUAUUCGUCAUUCAAGACGCGUGAACCCCUACAGAUGGUCAAAGUCCUGGGCAUAAUUCAAGACUCGUGAAUCCCCUGGGGAUUAGCCUAAGUGUGGCCGUGCCCUCCUCUCCCAAGGUGAAACAGAGGCGAGGUUCCCUCGCUUCCAAUAUUUCAAUUGGUUUGUCUUCUCAAUAACAUUUGCAUUUAGCGGCUAUUCGAGAUCAGUGGAGGCGCGUCAAUUGCCGCUCAGAUCGAAGAGAAACCGGAACCCAAAUAGGUCAAAUAGGAAAAACAGAAAACCGCAUCGGAUAUCAAAUCCGAAAUCCCGCUGGUAUUUUUGGCGAAAACCGAAAACCAAAUGCUAAAUAGCGGAAAAUCCGCAAACAGCAAUGAACACUAAAACCGAAAAACCGAAGUUUUUUUGGCACAAAAACCGAUCUAAAAAAUAGCCAAAACCGCAAAACCGGAAAUCCCAAUGCCACCUUCAUAUAGUGGUUCGUAGAAGUCGAAAUUUUUUCAACAUUUCAAGGCGUUAUUGUACUUAGACAGAAAGUUUGCUAUCUAGUUAGUUAAUCCAUUGUCUCUCACAAAACGGCAAACUUCCUAUGCAAUUGUACGUAGAAAAAAAAGUUUCUCCGACCUGUGUUUGCUGUAUUUAAACAUGCCGUGUAGCAUAACUAUAGGUUUGCGAAUGAUUGACGACUACCGUAACAGCGUUUCGCAUUUGAAGUCUUCAACAAUAGCUUCUUCUAUUUGAGAAACUGAUUGAUUAGUUAAAGCUUUUUACCAUAAUAAUUAUUACGUAUAAUUCAUGACAGCAGCCAUGAAUUAUGCAAAACCCCCCUUCAUUAACGCAUAUGUUUUGACUGGAGUUACCGAUUUGAAUAAUUUGAUUAAGUUACAAUUCAAUAUUUUACUCGUAAGAGUAAUACUCAGGAUGCAUUGGAUGUAAAGUUCAUUGCCACACGGGUAGUGGAAACAUCAACUGCGUCAACGCCAACAACUGCAUGACGUGUUUGUAGCAACUUAAAAUUGCCCAAGAAGGCCCACAUUAUAACUUAUGUUUCCGGACCAUUAUUUUUAAGAAACAAAAGGUAUUGUCUGACAUUGCCGAGCAGGUCAUCAUACAUGUUUUACUUCUUGAAGAUCAGUGAUAUGGAAAAUGCCCUUAAUUUUUUCGGCUGGUUCCUUUCAAUCACAGCAGUUAUAGGGAACAGUUCAGUGAUCGUUCUGAUAGCCUUAAAUCGUCGACUUCACUCCACUGCCAAUUGGUUCGUCCUUUCUCUUGCAGUGGCCGACGCAAUGCUCGGAUUCACAGUAUUUCCACCGGCCUAUUUUUGUACCGCAGAAAAGUGCAACCUGAAAAUGGUCUCGGCAUUUUUUUGGUUUUCCCUGCACUCAUCGGUCUCGAAUCUUUGCAACUUGACUUGGGAUCGCUACAUCGCCAUCGUUCACCCUUUAAAAUACAACACUUCAUUUACAAAGCGACACCCUGGACUGGUAAUUGUGACAGCAUGGUUGCUUGCUUUCACAAUUUCGUCGUCAACUUUGGUGACACAGUACGUGACGAAAUCCGACACAGCAUUGAACAUCCUAUUUUUUAUUACCGUCCCUGGGUUUCUUCUACUGUCCUGUGUAUUACUAUUUUAUGCAGCUAUUCGCAUCAUUAUGGUAGCACACAAGCAAAAGCAGCAGGAAGUGAUAAUACAACUUCAACUGCGCUGCAACCAAUUAUUUACUGACGGAGAAGACAACGCACUGUGUCUCAGACGUAACAAGAAGAACUCAGCUCCUUUCAUCGUUGCUGUAGUCUUUUUCUUCUUGGGAUGCUACUUAGCGGUAAACGGUUUAAUUUUAUGCAUCAAUUUUUCCUGUAAUGUUUCCGAAAGAGCUGGACAGGUGAUAACUAUUCUGCUUAUCUUGAACUCCGUCGUCAAUCCUUUCGUCUACGCUUGUUUAAAAAAGGAUAUCAAGAGAGAACUAGCAAUACUCGUUCGCAAAUGGAAAAUUAAUUUCAAUACUUCUAUGUAG